AUGGGCAUCCCAGGCUUUUUCGACCUCGCGAGGGCGAUGGGAGCGAUGGAUGAGAUGGACUUACCAAGGGACGGUCAUGCGCGUGGGAGGGCAUUGGCGAAGAAGUGCCUGGAGCACGACAUCAAAAUCAUCUUCGUCGACGUCUCGUCCAUCACCGGGAACGUCUUCAUUCGAACAGUUCGCGACUACAAGCCGACGGACUUUCGAGGUUUCGCUCACAUUCAGACGCUCAUCGACGUCCGCUCAGCCGCCGAACUUCACAGCAUCCUUCUCCCAAUCCGGCAAUCACUUCCCAACACGCAGAUCAUCCUCGACUUUGACCAUCCGCAAUGGAGACCCCAGGUAAAGGAGGAGGAGGCGAAGAAGCGGGAAAACGAGCGGCUCGAGCUCGUUCUCGCCGCCGUUCUCGACCACGCUGCUCGCAUUCGCGCAGGCGGCAAGAAGCAUCAAUCCCGUGCUCAGCGCCACCUAGAGCGAGCCGGUCUCGCCCCGCCAGCAGGCGACGGCUUUGCGACUUCUGCCGCAUCAUGGCUCGUCAAGAACGCCAUCCUCACGACUGCACCCGCCGAUGCCGACGGCUUGAUCGCGCGCGCGGCGAGGGUAGUCACCUCGACUCCCUUGCGCGCAUGCCUCCCUUCCUCCGGCGACACUCCUCCCACUCCGCUUGUCGGCCUCGUCGCUCCGCCAGACCAGCUCUCCUACCUUUCGUCCCUCUCCGCUUUCGGCUCGAACAUCCUCGUCAUCGCGAACGACUCUGAUCUCGCCGCCAACACCGGCUCUCUUGCGGCGCAGUACUUCGCGCGCGUCCAGCCGGUCAAGAUGAAGACGCUCUUGGGGUGGAUCGACAAGCGUGUCCUCGAGUGCGGACUCGGCAUUGACGGCGACGGCGUCGGACUCGCGAACCGCGCCAUGGCAAUGGGACAGGAUUUCGUGGAAGGACGAGGCGUUCACGGACUCGGGCCCGCCAAAAUCGUCGCCGCGGGAGCACCGACGCGCGACUUCCUCGAUACCGACUGGAUCGGCCUGGAGGAUGUGGGCAUCGACAUCGUCGAGGGAGAGUGGGCGCUCCUGCGCCCGAGUGUCGAGGCGGCUGCCAAGGCUAUCGUGCCGGAAGACCCUUGGACGCCCGCGCUGCGUGCCUUUCGCGGCGACGACGUCGAGCUGUUCGACAAGUUCGUCCUCGCCGAGUCGAUCUGGCGCGAGCUUGUGGUCGCUCAUCAAGCAGCCGAUACUCCGCCUCAGACGCCCUCGAGGUCGUCCGCUGGCGCCGACAAAGCUCCUGUGCCUCCGCUCAAGUCGCGGCGACCCGCGCAAGUCGCUUCCCCUUCGACAAGCUUGACGGCCAAGCCGACGCUGCACAACCUGCGGCCGCCUCCCGGCACCGAGUUCGCCGUUGCACGCCGACCUCGACAGCGUCUCGAAGCUUCAGCAACUCCUCGGCCCGCACUCGCAGACAAGGGCACUGCCAUCAACCCGCCUAUCCCUACGCCUUUGGUUACCGGUCAAGCUCGCCGUCGGCAGGCGAAGGCGGCAGCGAAGCGCUCGACGAUGGUCCAGGUUCGCCCUCGAGGUCACGUCGAGCCGACCUGGAACCAGCUGAGCAGGCUCAUUCCUGACCCCGCCUCGGUGUCCGCGACGCUCUCGGCGACGUCCAUGCUCCCGUCGACCCCUGCGACAGCGUGGACUUCGCUCACCGCCUCUCAUACCGCAUCCUCACCUGCCGCCUCUACUUCGACCUCCACCACACCAUCCUCGACAGCUGGCUCAUCCUCCCCGGCGAACCAGAAGAGGCGAGGCCCGAAGGCACCCACGCUGGCCGACCUCCGCAAGGAGGCGAAGGCGAAGCGGAAGGCGGAACCUCAGGAGGAAGACCAGCAUGAUGGCGGCGGACCUGCGGCAGUGCAGAAGGAGCCGAAGAAGCUGAUGGCGCUGCGCAAGACUAUCCCGAUCCGGAGUCGUGACCUCAACCUGCGCCUCUCGUCCACCUCGCCCUCCGUUUUCCGCCUCCUCCAGCUCAUCCACGGCAUCUUCAACUCGUUCGUCCCCCUCCUCGUCCUCGUCCUCACGAACGAGAUCCAGACACUCCGCGCGCGCCACUUCCCCCUCUCACCCGCCUUCCUCCGGUUCGCUUCGGAUCCUGCGGAAGCGUCGAAGGCCGUCGUCCGCGCGAUCAAGCUCAUGCUGGACCUCGCAACGGGCGAGAAGGGAGGAAAUUCAGCGGAGGCAAGUGUAUGGGUGCUGAUGGCGGACGAGCUCGGGCUGGCCCCGGCGAGCGAGACGCAGCGGUCGUGGGAGGAGGAGUGGCGUGAUGUAGGUGCGGGGGUUCAAGGACAGCUACUGAAGCGCUCUAUCCCGCUGGGAGACUACCUCGCCAUUCAGCGGACUCAGGACAUCUUCCAGCUCCCGACCCUCCUCGCCCGAUUCCUGCGCCACCCAGCCGCCCUCGCCAUCCUCGAGGAUAUCGUCACGAAAUACAGCACGUCGCUUUUCAAUAUACGCCGCACCCGCUUCGGCAAGUUCAUCAAGACGCUUGGCGAGGCGUUCCUCACGGCGCCCUGGGCGGCGGCAACUCAGCUGUAUUCGUACGCGCACCAGCUCCGCCUCUCGCUGGUUUACCUCUAUGGACCUCCCGCCGAGCUGCCUGAGCUGUCGGUUCCGGGAGGACACCCGGCUCUCCCGCCUUUGCUCCCAAUCCCCUCCUUCCCCUUCAUCGCCGCUCCCGACGUGUCGGUCCUCGAGAACCUCUCGGCGGCAGCCGUGUCAUCACCACCGCUCUACAACGCCAUUACAUCCCUUCUUCCGACAAUCCUCGGCCACUCGACCGCGCACACCCCGCUCGCGCCCACAGCCGUCCUCGCCGCCAUCAGCGUCCUCAAGCCGCGCCUCUCCCAACUGUGCGCGGCCGCCGAACCCCCCAUCCUGCUCGAAGACAUCGCCUUCCUCCUCGUCUGCCUUGACCGACUACUGUCACACCUCCUCACGCUCGUUGCGCUCUCCGAAGUAGCCGCCGAUGAACUCGAAGCCGACCAGCCGAAGACAGGUCGCUCGUCUGGCACGGGCUCAGCUUGGCGCGACGGCCGUCACUCACGUCUCAUCGGCGCGUCAUCCAUCGAGGCGAGCGGAGGAUACGCCUCAAGCCGUUGGAGCGGUGAUGAGCGCGACCAGCGAGCUCAGGCGCGUCUCGAGGCGGUAAUGGAUGCGGCGAGCUGGAGGAGGAAGACUGGGGGAGGGAACGGCGCGCAGGAUGUCGAGGAAGACGAAGAGCAAGGCGGCUCUCGGUUGGCGCAGGUCCUACCUAACGCAGCAGGCUCAAUCAAGCGCGUUGCAUCCGGCGGCGGGGCAGAGCUGGUCUCCGGCGUCUCGUUACUGGCCGCUCUCGAACAAGUCGUGGAACGCCUGUCCGUUCCGCCUGCUUCUCCCGCCGCACUCGCGCUCACGAGCAAUGGUGCGACACGCGCGUCGUUCCUGCCGAUUCACGUCCCAGCGUCUGUCGCCGACAUCUGCGGCCUCAUCUUCCUCUUCGUGACCCAGAGCGACUUCCGCCCGGCGGACAUCGCUCGGGCUGCAGCAACAGCCGUCGAUACAACACGACCUAUUCUCCUCUCGCAAACGAACCUCGACAAGUCUACCGCCCUUGCACGCCGUUUUGACACCGCCUCUGCACUUCUCGCUUCUCACGUCACCUCUCCCGUCGACGUUGGGGCAGGAUCAGACGCUUGGCGAACCGCCCAGGCCAUGCGUGCGUUGUGGGGCAAGUCCUCGUCUGCCGCAAAGAUCCACCAACUUGCAUCGGCGGACCAGCUCGAAGCGUUCGCUCUCGUCUUCGGCAACGCCCGUCUCGGCCACCUGCCACACGGCGCUCUUUCGUUCUCCCCGACACGCCUUCAUGUCAAAGUAUUGCGAGUCGAUCUGGCACCGGCUCAUCUCGUGCGAACCGUCCUCGCCGCAGGUCCGCCCGAUACGCUCCCGCAGCCCUCAGCCAGCAACGUGCCCGACACCGCAUCUUCGCACCCCUCGCAACUACCCUCGCUAUCCGUCUCAGACAUCCUCCGCCUGGCCGGCAAGACUGAGCACGUCGACAAACUCUACGCUGGCCUGUCGCUUCCGCCUGCGCGUGUACCAGCCGACGCCGACGCAUCCUCGAGCUCGACCUGGUUCGACGACAAUGGCGACUUGCUCAGCACAAGAAUCGGCCGCAGACGCCUGACCUACCCGCCCUUCAUCCCUGAGCCACCCAUCCCCUCACUCCCGACUCUCCCGCUUCUGCACUCCAAGUCUCCGCUCCUUCCGACUAUCCGGCAGAGACUUGGCCUGAACGCGGACGGGACAGGCGAGCUUGCCGAAGGCAUCGUCUUCCUCUUCAUCGACCUCGGGCUGAAGAACCCCGUCUCGAUGUGGUUUGAGCGAUCUGGCAGUCCGUCCGAGACGCGGGCGAUACUUCUGCGCGACGCGAUCUUCCUCGAAUCGCAGCGCCGCGAUGCUCGGGAUGGACGCCAACGCUCAUCCUUUGAUCUCAAACGUCGCCGGGACCAGCUGCAUGCUCAGGCAGCUCAGCAGCUUGUUGCGGCAGCCGGCCUCGGACCAGGACACGUCGAGGUGUCUCCUCCCGCAUUGUCAACGACUCGAGCCUCUUCGUCGGAUUCCGACUCUUCGUCGGCUCCUCGCGCCUCAUCCUCGGCCUCCGCCAGCUCGUCCUCGGCCUCCGCUAGCUCGUCCUCGGCAUGCGUCGACUCGCCCUCGACUGCCAUCGACUCGUCCUCGACUCAUGCGGAAUCUGGCUUGACUGUGGUCGUUGCCAUAGGCGCAGGAGCUAUCGAAAGCUCGUCAGGACAGCGCGGACCGCGGGCAGCAGGCCCCGUCGCAUGCAAGUUCGUCGAGCAGGUCUCAGCUCGCGACGAUCUUGACGUGCUUGCAUUCGCCGUCGAUGAGGCGUAUACAUCCUCGCGCUGUGUCUGCCUUGACUGCCGCUCAAAGGACGACCGCCCUUCGAGUGGGCUACCGGAAACCUCGUCGGCAAGCCCUUCCAGCGCAUCGUGA